GCGACUGGCAGAGCGGCGGCCAGGAACGCGGAGCGCGCGCCCGCCCGCGUUUAGCGGCCCGACGAGAACCGCGCGCGGGGGCGGCAGGGCGGGGCGCAGGGAGAUGCGGGCGGCCGCAGGCACCCGGCGGGCUGGGCUCGGCCGCCGCAGCCGCCUUGUCCGGCUCCGCCGCGGGGGCCGCCGUGGCUGCCGCGCCGUCCCCGAGGUGCCGGCGUGAGGAGGCGGCGGGCGGAGAGCGGCGUCCUGCGGGAGACGGAGACCCGGAGGGAGCCCCGCGCGCGUCCUCGCUCAUUGCUAUGGACAGUGCUAUCACCCUAUGGCAGUUCCUUCUUCAGCUCCUGCAGGAGCCUCAGAACAAGCACAUGAUCUGCUGGACCUCUGACAACGGGGAGUUCAAGCUUCUGCAGGCGGAAGAGGUGGCUCGGCUCUGGGGGAUUCGUAAGAACAAGCCUAAUAUGAACUACGACAAGCUCAGCCGAGCCCUCAGAUACUAUUAUGUAAAGAAUAUCAUAAAGAAGGUGAACGGUCAGAAGUUUGUGUACAAAUUCGUCUCUUACCCAGAGAUUCUGAGCAUGGACCCGAUGAAGGUGGGCAGGAUCGAGGGGGACUGUGAGGCCCUGAGCGCCGGUGAGGUGGGCGGCGGCUCCCGGGACACGGAGAGCGGAGGGAAGGAGCGGCCCCCGCAGGCCGGUGCCAAGGCCUCCAGCCGCAACGACUACAUCCACUCCGGCUUGUAUUCCUCGUUUACCCUCAACUCUUUGAACGCCUCCAAGAGGAAGCUCCUCAAGUCUAUAAAGAUGGAGAACCCAGCCGAGAGACUGGCAGAGAAGAAAUCUCAGAAGCCAGCACCGUCCGUCAUUAAAUUCGUAACAACGCCUUCCACAAAGCCACCGGUGGAUCCCGUCGCUGCCCCCGUUCCAGCGGGCGCCGGUGUUUCCCCAUCUCCGGAGGAGACUCUGCAAGCGCUGGAGACGCUGGCGUCCCCCUCCCUGGAAGCCCCGGCCUUUCCCAGCACACCCGUCCCGUCCCCUUCCUUCCAGGAGCCCCCGAGAUCACCCUCCCCGCCGCUCAGCUCCAACCCAGACAUCGACACGGACGUCGACUCCGUGGCCUCGCAGCCUGUGGGGCUGCCAGAGAGCUUGGCGCUGGAGCCCAGGGACCAGGACUCGGCCUCGCCGGGAAAGGACAGGACAAACAGCUCAUCCAGAUCCAAGAAGCCCAAGGGCUUGGAGCUGGCCCCCAUCCUCCUGAUCACGGGCAGCGACCCCAGCCCCCUGGGCAUCCUGAGCCCCUCUCUCCCCACAGCGUCCCUGACGCCAGCACUGUUCUCACAGACGCCCAUCUUACUGACUCCCAGCCCCUUGCUCUCCAGCAUCCACUUCUGGAGCACCCUCAGCCCUGUCGCUCCCCUCAGCCCAGCCAGGCUGCAAGGUGCUAACACACUUUUCCAGUUUCCUUCUGUUCUGAACAGUCAUGGGCCGUUCACUCUGUCUGGCCUGGAUGGGCCUUCCACCCCUGGCCCCUUUUCCCCAGAUCUACAGAAGACAUAACGACGCACUUGCAGAAAGAGAGAACCAAGGAAUAAAGACACAGAGGGCCCCUCCACACGAUUGCCUUCGGAGUGAGUGGUGGACGGUUGCACAGUGCUGGUAACAGACUCUCGUGGUUUUUGCUAUUCCCGUCAAAGUGCCUUUUUAGGAUUCCCUUCCAAGAAGACUCAAGUUGGACUGUGUUUAACAAUGCCUUAAGUGGAGUCUGAACUCCACCUCCCUCUUUUUCUUUCUUUUAUUUUUCUAACAGAUACUUGAGCUUUGUGUUAAGGAAAUGUUUGGUGGGGUUUAGCAGCUAGCUAUGUUUUGCCAGGGCAGUUAAGAACUGCCCUUCUUGGGACCCUUUGGUCAG